UGGGUGCAGCCCUGGGUUUAGGUCCUGUGUGUCUGGGCUCUAGCAAUGGGAUGGUCACAGUAGUCAAGAGGAGCCAAAGGUAGGGCCUGGCUGCAGGGCUUGACUGGAUGACAGACCAGAGCCUACCUGCAUGGUAUAGGUGUGAACCUUCCCUGCAUGGCUGGCUAUUCCUGCCUCUAGGCUCCCAGAGCCCCAUUGUGACAUGUGAGGGGCAGGUAGCAUGACAGGCCAUAGAUGGAUAGGAUUGAUGCCUCUGGGGGAAGGGCCUGGCUCUUCAGAUGGCCACCAGAUCUAAGGACACUCAACCCUGUGUCCACAUGGGUCAGGUUAGAGGGACUCCAUGACACACACUCGGAGGAAGUCCCUUUCCAUGCUGAGUUCUGGCCCCACUGGCCGCCGGGAGCCCCUGCAAAUGGAAGACAGUAAUAUGGAGCAGGGGGCUGAGGGUGUGGAGCCAGGCAUGCCUGAGAGCCCUGGGCACCUCUCUGGGCGCCGCAAGAACUACCCACUGCGUAAGCGGCCAUUGGUUCCUGAGAAACCCAAAGCCUGCAAAGUGCUGCUGACUCGCCUGGAAAAUGUGGCCGGUCCACGGAGUGCAGAUGAGGCUGAUGAGCUGCCCCCUGACCUGCCCAAGCCCCCCAGCCCUGCUUCAUCUAGUGAGGACGCUGGCCUCGCACAACCCCGAAAGCGGCGCCUGGCUUCCCUGAAUGCCGAAGCCCUCAAUAACCUGCUGCUGGAGCGGGAGGACAUCAACAGUGUGACAGGUACCCGCCGAAGUCGAGGGGGAGACCCACACGGCAGCCGAGACCGCGAUCGGGCUAUUAGCAGCUGGUCCUCCUCCAAGAAGCGGCCUCGGCUGGGAGACCUGGGAGAAGGAAGCCGGGACCUGUCCCCAGAGCCAGCACCUGAUGAAAGUGCCCGCCGAGAUGGAGACCCCGCUCCCAAGAGGCUGGCUAGCCUGAACGCAGCUGCCUUCCUAAAGCUGAGCCAGGAGCGAGAGCUGCCCCUUCGGCCCCCGCGUGCCCACGCAGAAGCAGAUGGGCGCUCUGUUGAGCUUCCAGCACCCAAGGUCCUACGGCCAAAGUGGGCAAAGGUCAAUGGCAAGAACUAUCCCAAAGGCCGGCAGGGGGCUGGCUCUGGGGAGGCUACAGGCUGGCAAGGGUGCCCUAAUGAGCCAAGGCCAUCAGCCACUACUCGAGGGCUAUCUAUCCAGCCAUCUUACCAGCCCCUGAGCAAAGCUCUGGAGAGUCCAUUGGGGCUGCAUCCCCACCUGCCUCUCUUGAUGGGGGGUCAGGCAGCCCUGAAACCGGAGCCUGGGCGCCCAGGCGAGGAGUCACCUGCUCCGAAGCAGGAACUACAUCAGCCCUCUUUCCCUGCACCACAGCUGUCCCCACUGCCAAUGCCUGGCAACCCUGCCGACUUCAGUGGUCUGUGUAGAGGGCCUGAGCUCACUGCCCCUGGCAGCUUCUACCUAUACUGUGGCCAGGAUGGGCUACAGUGUGGGGGCUACUCCCCCUGUCCCAUGCUCCCUGAGGGCAAGCUAUCUCCAGUGGCUGCCCCUAAGGAGGGGCUCCUCUUGGCCCCAAGCUCCGUGCCCUCAGGCAGCCCUUUCCAACACCCUUCCUGGAGCUCUUCUCACUACUGCUCCGGUGAGGACACUGGAGUGAACGGCUAUAGUGUCUGUGGAGUGUUGCCUCUGUCUCUCACCCGCAUUGGCACUACCUGUGGUGGCUGCCUCUACAAAAUGCCUUUUGCAGCAGAAGGCUGCAGGUCUCUGGGCCAGCUGGAAUUCCCUCUCCCAGAAGCUAGCCACCCAGCUUCACCCGCCCACCCGCUCCUGGGAUGCCCUGUGCCGAGUGUGCCACCUGCAGCAGAGCCUGUCCCCCAUCUUCAGACCCCCACUUCGGAGCCCCAGACGGUAGCCCGUGCAUGCCCUCAGAGCGCCAAGCCUCCCAGUGGCUCCAAGUCAGGUUUGCGCACGGGCUCUGGCUGCAGGCACAACGCCAGGAGCAAGGCCGCCCGCAGGCCCAGCCACCCCAAGCAGCCACGUGCCCAGCGCCCUCGCCGCCGCCGCCGCCGCCGCACCAAUGGCUGGAUGCCUGUUGGGGCUGCCUGUGAGAAGGCCGUCUAUGUCUUGGAUGAGCCAGAACCAGCCAUCCGAAAGAGCUACCAGGCAGUAGAGCGGCAUGGAGAGACAAUCCGAGUCCGGGACACUGUUCUCCUCAAGUCGGGUCCAAGAAAGACAUCCACACCUUAUGUGGCCAAGAUCUCUGCCCUCUGGGAGAACCCUGAGUCAGGAGAGCUGAUGAUGAGUCUCCUGUGGUAUUACAGACCUGAGCACUUACAGGGAGGCCGGAGCCCCAGCAUGCAUGAGCCUUUGCAGAAUGAAGUUUUUGCAUCUCGACAUCAGGACCAGAACAGUGUAGCCUGCAUUGAGGAGAAAUGCUACGUGCUGACCUUUGCAGAGUACUGCAGAUUCUGUGCCAUGGCCAAGCGCCGAGGUGAGGGCCUUCCCAGCCGGAAGACAGCACUGGUGCCCCCGUCUGCAGACUACUCCACCCCGCCACACCGCACAGUGCCCGAGGACACGGACCCUGAGCUGGUGUUCCUUUGCCGCCAUGUCUAUGAUUUCCGCCAUGGCCGCAUCCUCAAGAACCCCCAGUAGCCUCCUUGUGCCCCUACUGGGGCUGCCCAUGAGCAAGUGGGGUUCUGGGCAUGGGGCACUGCUUGAAGCACAGCACUUGGUGAAGGGGCCACAGGGUCUAGGUUGCUAUCCUGUGGUUUUCUUGGGGGGUGAGGGCAGGGGCUACUGUGGAUUUUGGGCCCCUGGAAGGGAAGGGAAGGUCAGGGUAUAAGAAAAGCAUCAGGGCCCUCAGCUUGGCCCAAGGUGCCUAUCUGUGGUUUCCUGGGAGGAGACUCCUGAAGAAGCAGUCUUCCCUGAGGCUGGGUCACACCUGAGGGACACAGGCUAUGGAGGGGCCUGGCCGAGGAGGAGGAGUAAUUUCAUCCAGGAACCAGGCCCAACAGGCCCUUCUGUAGUCUCCCCUAAGCCCUCCACAGGGGGCAGGAGCCAGCUUACCUCACCUACUGUGACCGGCUGCUUCCCUUGUCAGCCUGGGACCAGGCUCUCCCAGAUUCUAGCACAGUUCUGAGCUUGUUCCUUUGAGGCAUAGAGAGCCAGGGACUAGCUUCCAGAGCAUUGACUUCUUCCUAGACUUGGGGCCUCUCCCUGGCUUUCCUCCUUUGCCCCUGCAGUAGCCACUGGUGCUGGGACAAGUUGAUCCGGCCCUUAACAGUCACAGGUGGCCCACUUGUGGGAGUCAGCCUCCUGUCCACCUAUUGAAGGCCACCUAGCACGUCUGGCUUCCCAGAGAGUUAACUGAUUAUUGUGGAGUUUGUCAUGUUUUAGAGGACAGAUGGGUUCUGGGAGAGAGUAGGGGGCAGGGGACAAGGAAAAUUGCUACCUGAUUUGUUGAAGAUUUUUCCUCUUGCCUUACACUUGGAGGUUCUGGGAAACCUCUUGCAGAACUUCACACAUGACUCUUUAAGCCACACGCACCUGAAAUCAAAC